AUGAAGUUGUCAGCUUUUCUCCCCACAGCUCUGGCUGCUGCCGCCAAUGCACACGCAAUCUUCCAGCGUGUUUCUGUCAACGGCCAGGACCAGGGUUUGAUGACCGGCGUCCGUACGCCGACUUCGAACAAUCCCAUUCAGGACGUGCAGGCCUCUAAUUUUGCAUGCAACUCUGGAUUCUCCUCUCCCGUAUCCUCCACUGUGAUCGACAUUCCUGCGGGUGCGCAAGUCGGGGCCCAAUACCAGCAUCUGAUUGGCGGUCCCCAAGGCUCGAACGACCCGGACAAUCCAAUCGCUGCAAGCCACAAGGGUCCCAUUAUCGUAUAUCUUGCCGAAGUGGAUGACGCGGCGGCGGCUAGCCCAGAUGGUCUUGAGUGGUUCAAGAUCUACGAGGAAGGUCUGAGCAGUGGCCACUGGGGCGUGGACACCUUGCUCGAGAACGACGGAUGGGCCACAUUCACCAUGCCUUCGUGUGUCGCUUCUGGUCAAUACCUCAUGCGCGUCGAGGUGAUUGCCCUGCACGGUGCUUAUAGCCAAGGCGGGGCCCAAUUCUACAUGUCCUGCGCUCAGAUAAAUGUCACCGGUGGCGGCUCCAAGACCGGCCAGACCGUCAGUUUCCCUGGCGCUUACAGUGCUAAUGACCCCGGCAUCCUCAUCAACAUCUACGGCGCCAGUGGCCAGCCCGAUAAUGGCGGAAAUGCGUACCAGAUUCCUGGGCCAUCAGUCCUGGCGUGCUAG